UUAACAUUCUCACGCAGGCGCAGACGACGCAGAUAUAAAGUUUCCGUGUGUUUGAGGUUAUGUUCGGUGUGUUUUCAUCAAUUCCAGCCUUGGAUGACAACGGAAACUCUUUUUCAAGGGAUUUUAUGACAUAAUCAAGGGUCCUCCUUUGGGUCUCAAGGCAUCAAGGACUGUGACUCAUUCUAUAAAAAAUCGCAAUGACUACAAGCGCUUCUGGAUUCACUUUAGGAACUACAGUUCAAUCAACAGCACCUGGAUUCAAUUUAGCAAAAACUGCUCCUUUGGCAACACAAGGAAUUUCUGGAAUGCAAACUCCAGGAAUGGGAACACCACAAGCUUCUUUGGGCACCACACCUGCUCAAGCGUCGACAGGAUUCAGUUUGACUGGUGGAACGCCAUCGGCAGGAACAGGAUUCACAUUAGGCAACACUCCUCAGACAACAUCGACUAGUUUUAAUCUUGGUGGUACAACUCCGUCGACCGGGUUUAGUUUAGGAGGCACAGUUGCUACUCCGACAACGGGAUUUAACCUGGGCGCUACUCCAGCUGCCACAAGUGCAACAGGAUUUAAUCUCGGGGGCACAGCAUCGACAGCUUCGACAGGAUUCAACCUCGGAGGAACGACUUCAACCACUGCUACGGGAUUCAAUCUUGGCGGUACGACAACUUCUGCUUCCGGAUUUAAUUUAGGCGCCGCAGCUCCUACAACAGCGACUGGAUUCACUAUUAACAAAACUACAGCUCCUCCUGCUCCGGCCAGCAUAGCGAGUUCGACGCCUCAAACUACGUUAGGAGCCACCACCACCGUCAGUACAUCAUCAGGCAGCGGACAAACUGGAGCUAUUAAUUUCUGUCAACUUGAAGAGUCAAUCAACAAGUAUACUUUGGAGUUGGAAGAACAAGAAAAGGUCUUCGUUAAUCAAGCAACCCAGGUUAAUGCCUGGGAUAAAUUACUUAUAUCCAAUGGUGAAAAAAUUGUUACUCUAAAUCAGGAAGUGGAAAGAGUGAAAUUGGAACAACAGCAAUUGGAACAUGAGCUUGAUUAUGUGGUCGGCCAACAAAAAGAACUCCAGGACUGUCUUGUCCCUCUUGAAAAGGAACUCUCCCAACUCUCAGUGUCAGAUCCCGAACGCGAAUACACCUACCGCCUUGCCGAAAGUCUCGACACUCAAUUAAAGCAGAUGUCGGAAGAUCUGAAAGAAAUCAUCGAGCACCUGAAUGAAGCAAAUCGUGCCCAGGAUUCCAGUGACCCUAUCGUACAGAUUGGAAAGAUAUUGAACGCCCACAUGAAUAGUUUGCAGUGGCUCGAUCAACGAACCACUCUCCUUGGUCAGAAAAUUCAGCAGAUCGACCAAAUGCACCAGAACUUCCGACAGGAAAACGAGCGAAGCUUUAACCUCGCUUACAACUAGAUAGUGUACAGUAACUAUAAACUUAAUUGUUUGUGCUUCAAGAUACGAGUUUCAGGUCUAGAAUAAGAAUAAGAUCUGUAUGUUUCGCAAUUGAUGUUAUAUUAAUAAAAGUAUCCUAUUUUCCA